AUGGGGUAUGGUCCAAAGCAGGUCCAUGCCCAGAUUUUAAUUGGUAGCCAUGGGGACUCCGAGAUCUCGGAAGAUGCAACAAACCAGAGCAAUGGAGUGGAGCGGAAGCCACCAAAAUGUCCCAGAAAUCUUGCCGCCGCCACCACAUCAAGUGCCGUCGCCGGUAGGAGGUCCCGCCCAGGCAUCCGUCCAGGCAGCAUUUCCGCCGGCAGUUCCGGUUGCGUGCUUCAUCUACCAUUCUCUUUUCAAGACCUGCUUCAUGGGGUCACUUCUGGGGCAGUAGCUGUGCCCACAGUCCAGCAAGAAAUAUUGAUGCAAGAGAGCGUAGAUGUAGGGGUACAGUCUGAAUACACAGUGGUACAGUCUGAAAACACAGGGGAAACUGAUGGUCUUUCAAGCUCAUCUGAAGGAAAUCGGAGAGGUGACAGUGUUGAUGAUGGGUACAUACAGAGUUGCGAAGAGGAUUUAUGUGAGGAUGAGACAAAGGAUGGAACUGAUUGUGAUGGUUGUGGUGAAGAUGAUUCAGAUGAGGAUGAAACAAGCCAUGGAACACAUGGAUCCAACGUGGAUGGGGAAGAGGAUGACAGUCUUCAAAAAGGUAUGAUAACUAUACCGAGUGAAAAGGAUAUGAAGCUGAUUGACUGGGAUAGGUUCUACAGCACUGGAGAUUUGGUGAAGAAAACAAAUGCUGUUGUAGUCGAGAAUGAUGCAACUGGAACAACGAACAAUGAAAUUGUUUCAGCUCCAAUCACUACCAUGGACCCCAAUAGCUUGGCACAUCAAAGAGAACAGACAGCGUGGAAGAAAAGGAGAAGGGUUCAAGAUGGUGCCAUGCGGGCAAAUUUUAGGAAACCUUCUGGUAUUGGUGCAGUUGAGAGGGCGAUGAGGAAGUAUUGCGACAACAAAGAGGGUCAUGUAUUUGAACCAUAUGUUGGCAUCACAUUUGACUCUGAAGCAGAAGCAUUUGAGUUCUACAAUCUGUACUCAUGGGAAGUUGGGUUUGGCGUUAGAAAAGGAAGCAUGGAAAGGAACAAAGGCAGUGUUACCAAACAAUGAGGGAGAUUGUUUGCCACAGACAGGGCUUUGAUAAGAACAAAAGCAAAGACCAAUGGAUGUAACUGUCGGGCAAUGAUACGUCUCCAUCGCACUGAUGACGAUGGUUGGUUCAUAUCAAAGGUUGUGAAAGAUCACAACCACCAGCUUUCAGCAACAGAUGCAGAAAAAAGGGAGUGGGGUUCCCAUAGCAAGAUAGAUCAGACAGUGAGGGACAUGAUAAAGUACUUAUGUGAGAAUAACAUCACACUAAGCAAGGUACAUUGCAUUAUGGGAAGCUUAUUUGGUAGAAGGUCGUUGCGGACUAUAUGUGCACAAAUAGCACGUGAACAAAGGGAUGAUGACAUUAGGAAAACAUUGGAGCUAUUUAGGAAGAUGCGGGCUGAAGACCCGGGAUUUCAGUUGAGUGUAGACCUUGAUGAGAAAGACCAGAUUGAAACAUUGAUCUGGGCAUCAGGAAGGAGUCGAAGUAAUUACAGUUGUUUUGGUAAUGUGGUGACAUUUGACACCACCUACAGCACAAACCUAUACAAGAUGCCAUUCGGAUUAUUUGUGGGUGUAAA